CCGCCGGCGGCCUCGUUUCCUAGAGGCCCCAGCGAUGGGGAGAGGCGGCGCUGGGCGGGAGAGCCCCCGCCCUUGUUUCUGGGUCCUCUCGGCCGGCGUGGGACUCGGAGGAGCCCGCUCUGGGCCUUGCGGGCCUCCCCCCCCCGCCUGGCCCGCGUUCACUUGGAGCGCUUUGCAAGUGCUUGCGGGAGCGUCUCGGCUGAGGGUGAGCGGCGGCGGUGGAGGCGCUCGGCCAAGGCUCACCCGCCGGCCGAGCCGUCCUCCCGCCUCCGACGCGGUGUGUGAUGGAGAGAUGGUGUUGCUUUCGGCGGAGCCACCCGCCAUCGGUUAACCGCGCGGAGUUUGAAGCCGCAGGUGGGGUGACUGAGCGGGAGUGGGCGGCAGCCACAUGAUGUGUCCGCUCUGGAGGUGAGCGCUCUGCGCAGUGAUGACCUUCAUCUAUCACCCUGGACUGAUGGCUGCUGCGCCGGGAGCGCGGGUCCCGGGAGGGUUUCGGCCGCCUCGCCCUCGCCCUCGCCCUCUCCGCUCCGAGGGCGUCUGCCUCUCCUCCCCGGGCCUCUCCUCGCUGCUGGCGGAGCUCCUAAGCUGCUCUCCCGGCUGACCCUGGCCCUGCUGGGCCCGUGCCCUGACCACCUCCCUCCCCGGGAGCCCCCUCCGGCCCCUGGCCCGUGCCUGUGUGUGUUACUUUCCCACCCAGCUGUCAGAAACUAGUGUAUCUUCUGUUCCUUAAGCCCCCACUUUCCUCCUUUGUUUUCACUUAAUCUGCGUGAACCCGUUCCGAGACCCUCCCUCCUCCCCGGCCGGCCCAGCUAUGGCGGAGAACGAUGUGGACAACGAGCUCUUGGACUAUGAAGAUGACGAGGUGGAGACCGCAGCCGGGGGAGACGGGGCUGAGGCCCCCGCCAAGAAGGAUGUGAAGGGCUCCUAUGUCUCCAUCCAUAGCUCUGGCUUUCGGGACUUCCUGCUCAAGCCAGAGCUGCUCCGAGCCAUUGUUGACUGUGGCUUUGAGCAUCCAUCAGAAGUUCAGCAUGAGUGCAUCCCUCAGGCCAUUCUGGGAAUGGACGUCUUAUGCCAGGCCAAGUCGGGCAUGGGAAAGACGGCAGUGUUUGUGCUGGCCACGCUGCAGCAGCUGGAGCCAGUCACUGGGCAGGUGUCUGUGCUGGUGAUGUGUCACACCCGGGAGCUGGCUUUUCAGAUCAGCAAGGAGUAUGAGCGCUUCUCUAAGUACAUGCCCAAUGUCAAGGUGGCAGUGUUUUUUGGAGGUCUGUCCAUCAAGAAGGAUGAAGAGGUGCUGAAGAAGAACUGCCCGCAUAUCGUCGUGGGGACCCCUGGCCGCAUCCUAGCCUUAGCUCGAAAUAAGAGCCUCAACCUCAAACACAUUAAACACUUUAUCUUGGAUGAAUGCGAUAAGAUGCUUGAACAACUCGACAUGCGUCGGGAUGUCCAGGAAAUUUUUCGCAUGACCCCCCACGAGAAGCAGGUCAUGAUGUUCAGUGCCACCUUGAGCAAAGAGAUCCGCCCCGUCUGCCGCAAGUUCAUGCAAGACCCAAUGGAGAUCUUCGUGGAUGAUGAGACGAAGCUGACGCUGCACGGGUUGCAGCAGUACUACGUGAAACUGAAGGACAACGAGAAGAACCGGAAGCUCUUUGACCUUUUGGAUGUCCUUGAGUUCAACCAGGUGGUGAUCUUUGUGAAGUCUGUGCAGCGCUGCAUCGCCCUGGCCCAGCUCCUGGUGGAGCAGAACUUCCCAGCCAUCGCCAUCCACCGCGGGAUGCCCCAGGAGGAGAGGCUUUCUCGGUAUCAGCAAUUUAAAGAUUUUCAACGACGAAUUCUUGUGGCUACCAACCUGUUUGGCCGAGGCAUGGACAUCGAGAGGGUGAACAUUGCCUUUAAUUACGACAUGCCUGAGGACUCCGACACCUACCUGCAUCGGGUGGCCAGAGCAGGCCGGUUUGGUACCAAGGGUUUGGCCAUCACGUUUGUGUCAGAUGAGAAUGAUGCCAAGAUCCUCAAUGAUGUGCAGGAUCGCUUUGAGGUCAAUAUUAGUGAGCUGCCUGAUGAGAUAGACAUCUCCUCCUACAUUGAACAGACACGAUAGAGGACACGUCGCCUGUUCUGGAAUGUGAUAGUCUGUCCCUCUUCAGGAGAUGACACCAGGCGUGGGGGUGAAGGAGACACUACUGCCCCUACCCCUGACAGCCCAGCCCCACCCCAUGCCUUCCCUCUUUUGCAUCACCACUUCUAAAUCCGUUUCCUUAUUUGUGAGAACUUUUUUUAACAAAACAAAAAACAUGCGUCUGUGGUGUCUAA